GAAUUUUGCAAUUUUGAAAUACAUUGGCAAUCUGUUUAUUGCAUCUCUAGAAAGGUGUCGGGAUCAAUUAUUUUCACCGGGAGUGAAUAAAUCAACAUUUUCUGAACCAAGGGCAUGGAUCUAUGUAUUGAUCAACGAGCGUGUAGAAACUAAAAUUUGAAGUUCUGCGAUUAAAACAAUUUGCGGCAUAAACUCAAUAAUCGUGCGGGAUUACUGAAUUUGUUGUGAAGGUGCUAGCUUUUCUUUUGUCUCUCUUACCCUAGAUCUGUGGGAUUUGGACGGAGCAUAUGGAAGGUGGGUCUGAGAGAAUCAAUCAAGUAGAAGAAAGUCGAGCGCAAUUGUUAUGUGGCCUUCCAGAUGACAUUGCUCUUUUCUGCUUGGCAAGAGUGCCUCGCAAGUACCAUUCAGUGCUGAAGUGUGUUUGCAGGAGUUGGAGAGAUUUGGUGUGCAGUGAAGAGUGGUAUGCUUAUCGUAGUAAGCACAAUUUAAGUGAGACUUGGAUAUAUGCAUUGUGUCGUGACAAGUAUGAGCAGAUAUGUUGUUAUGCUCUGGACCCUGCUUUGCCUAGAAGGUGUUGGAAGCUCAUUCAAGGACUACCACCCCGCUGUUUGAAGAGAAAAGGCAUGGGCUUUGAAGCACUAGGAAAGAAGCUUUACCUGUUAGGCGGCUGUGGUUGGUCAGAGGACGCAACUGAUGAGGCCUACUGCUUUGAUGUUUCUAGGAGCUCAUGGAGUGAAGCUGCUUCUUUGUCCACUGCAAGGUGCUAUUUUGCUUGUGAAGUUUUGGAUGAUAAAAUCUAUGCCAUUGGUGGGUUAGGUUCGAAAUCAAGUGAUCCACAUUCUUGGGACACUUUUGAUCCUCGCAGGAGUGUUUGGGAAUCACAUUCUGAUACUAACGUUGUUCCUGAUGUCGAGGAUUCCAUAGUCUUUGAUGGGAAGAUUUAUAUUCGAUGUGGUGCUUCUGCUGUGUCUUCUCAUGUAUAUGCUGUUCUUUAUGAACCUUCAAAUGGCACAUGGCAGCACGCAGAUGCUGAUAUGGCGUCAGGCUGGCGUGGUCCAGCAGUUGUUGUGGAUGGUGCCCUUUAUGUCUUGGAUCAAAGUUCAGGAACCAGGCUGAUGAUGUGGCAGAAGGAUAAAAGGGAUUGGGUGGCAGUUGGAAGACUGUCACCAUUACUUACAAGACCUCCUUGUCGGCUUGUAGCAAUUGGAAAGAGGAUAUUUAUCAUCGGUAAGGGACUUAGCACAGUGGUGUUUGACAUUGAGAAAACUGGAAAUAUGGAAGGGGUAAUGGUAAGUUCUUCUAUACCCAGAUUAAAUUCGGAAGAUGAUGUAAUCAGCUGUAAAUGUCUUGCAUUAUGAAUUACCAGCACCCUAAUCAUUUGUUGAUAAUGUAGUCCAAUGCCAUUGUUGUGAGUUCCUCUGUUUGUGAUACCCCGUGCUAAACUUUUGUUGACACUGGUUGGAAUACCCUAGUUGUUCAAACCUCCUAUAUACACUGGUCAAUGCCCCUGGGAAAUGAUAUUCAAUAUAUUACAGAAAACGUGAAGACAUAAGAAUCAAGAGAAGUUUUAUUAUUAUUAUUCUUUUAAAUUUUCUUUUCAAUA